CAGAGAUUGACAGACUGGUUGAUCAGGGUGUAUACGAGCCAGUGGAAUUUUCAGAUUGGGCGACGCCUAUUGUACCCAUUCGGAAGGCGAAUGGGAUGGUCAGGCUUUGCGGUGACUAUAAAAUUACCGUGAAUAAAGUAUGCAGAGCAAAUGUCUAUCCAUUACCAACCAUUAAUGAGGCUUUUGCAAGUUUGGCGGGAGGGACAGUUUUUACGAAGCUAGAUUUAGCAGAUGCAUACCUGCAGGUGGCGGUGGAUGACGCGACAGCUGCAAUUUUAACAGUUAAUACGAUGAAAGGGUUGUUUCGGGUUAGGCGCUUACCUUUUGGAGUAAGCGGGUGCCCAGCGAUCUUUCAGCGGCUUAUGGAAACCCUGCUAGCAGGUAUUCCAGGUGUGGUGGUCAUGUUGGAUGACAUUUUGGUCACUGGGAAGGACAUGGAGGAACACUGGGACAGAGUUCAGGGAGUGUUGGCGAGAAUAGACAAAGCAGGAUUGCGACUCAAGAAGGCAAAGUGUGUAUUUGCGGCAGAGUCUGUCAUAUUCUUGGGGUACAGAAUCGAUCGGGUAGGAGUGCGCCCUACAGAUGCGAAAGUGGAAGCCAUCCGUGAGGCACCAGUACCUACAUGUAAGAAGGAACUGCAGGCAUUUUUAGGCUUUCUGAAUUUUUACGAAAGAUUCCUGCCGAAUAAGGCAUCAGUCCUGGAGCCUUUACAUCGUCUCUUGGACAAAGGAGCGAAGUGGGUAUGGAGGUCGGAGCAUACUGAGGCGUUCUGCAAAGCGAAGAACCUAUUAAAGUCUGAUCAGGUGCUCACUCAUUAUGACUUAAAUAAGCCUUUAACACUGACAUGUGAUGCAUCAGAUUAUGGAGUAGGUGCAGUGUUGGCGCACGUUACCGAUGAUGGCAAAGACGUGCCCUUGGCCUUUGGAUCGCGCACUCUGACCCGGCAUGAGAGGAAUUACUCCCAGCUCGAUAAAGAGGCACUGGCUGUGAUGUUUGGUGUGACCAAAUUUCGACAGUAUGUGACAGCCCGGCAUUUUACUAUCGUGACAGAUCACAAACCCCUGUUACGACUGCUGGACCCCAAGCGGCAAACACCAGAUAUUCUGUCACCACGCCUCUUACGAUGGAGCUUAUGGCUAUCGAUGUUCGACUUCCAGAUAGUGUAUUUGCCGGGAACCAAGAUACCCCAUGCCGAUGCCCUCAGCCGGCUACCCAUGGCCACUGGAAACAUACAGGUACCAACUGUUGGUGAUGUGCUCAUGCUUGAAGCCAUGCCAGAGCCACCAAUCGAUGCUGAGACACUGGCGCAGUUGACCGACAGGGACCCUGUCCUCCGUCAAGUAAAGCAGCACACAAGCCAAGGUUGGCAGGGCAGGAAGGCAGACUCUGAGGAGUUGCGGCCAUAUUGGAACAGGAGAGAGGCGUUAUCCCUUCACAAGGGCUGUCUCUUGUGGGGCAAUAGGGUGGUUAUUCCAGAGGGGCGUCGCAGGGAACUGUUGAUGGUCCUUCAUGCCGCACAUGACGGAAUUGUCAAGUCUAAGAUGGUUGCCCGGAGUUAUAUGUGGUGGCCCGGAAUGGACAGGGACAUCGAGCAAAUGGUAGGUCAGUGCGCAAUCUGCCAGCAGCAGCGAGCCAACCCGCCCAAAGUGAAGGAGGUGAAAUGGGCACCGGAGAGUGAGCCAUGGGUUAGGCUACACAUGGAUUUCCUGGGUCCUUUCCAGGGGAAGGUUUUCCUCAUUGUGGUGGAUGCGCACUCAAAAUGGCCAGAAGUGAAGGCAAUGCAUAACAUGUCAUCAGGUGCAGUUAUCCAGGCGCUACGAGAGAUCUUCAGUUGCCAUGGGAUUCCCCGGUACCUGGUCUCAGACAACGGGACAGCUUUUGUGUCCCGAGAGAUGGAAGAAUUCCUAACGAAGAAUGGAGUUGUACUAAUGCGCACACCACCAUUCCAUCCAGCCACAAACGGUCAAGCAGAGCGCAUGGUGCAGACGGUGAAGUAUAAACUGCGGAAAAUGGGAGCGGGAGACUGGCACACACGAGUCGCUCGAAUGUUGUUGGCGUUGCGCUCAACACCACUGGGAGAAUCUCAUAAGACACCGGCAGAACUCCUAAUGGGGAGACCAUUAAGAACGGUGCUGGACCAGAUACGCCCCAAACCAAGUUUUCAAGGCGAGGAGACCCAAGAGGUCACAAACCACCACAGGGGCAGGUUUUUUUUAGUUGGGCAGCAGGUGCUUCUUCGUGACUAUAGAGGGACUCGUAAGUGGAUACCAGGAACCAUUGUAUCCAAACAAGGGCCCGUGACAUACACAACCCAAGAUAAGAACGGCAACGUGUAUAGACGUCACGUGGACCAAUUGCUGAGCAACAAAGUGGCACAUCCAUCAAGCCAGGCGGUGUCAGUUACAUGUACUGAUGGCUGUGCUGCGACCAAUCGUGGCAGUACCACCCUGCGUCAGCUCAUGCCGACUGACGGGAUGGCUCUGACAGAGCCAACGCAGGUCCCAGCGACCAUACAGCGGAACCCUAUUCCGAUGGAGCCGGCACAGGUACCAUUGACCGUACAGGAGCAACCGGCAGAGAAUUGGAAGGAGCGGAAGGGUAAACAGCAACAGCUGCCGGGGACAUCACCAGUGGGAGCAUCAACACCGGACCACAGCAGCAGCCCUUUCAGAGGGUUUGCACAUCAUCGUGACCAGGGGCCAGAACCAUGGGAGGGACUGCAGAUGGAGCUGAUACGCGCACAACCGCCCAGGAGAUCCACCAGGGCGAGGAUGGUACCGGGGAAGCUGCAAGACUAUGUGUAGAAAUCUUAAGGGGGGAAGUGUUAUAUAGGAAAUGUGGGGUAGUUAGGUUGGUAGGCCUGCAGUGUAAAUAGAGGCCAGUUUGUAAUGAUGGCGGCCAGCGUGUCGGUCGUUGUUCAUGGUGAUUGUAUACGGGAGUGAGGACUGCAACCUAAAUAUGUGUUGAGGGACAUAACACCGUUUGAAUACAUUUGAAUACAUUCUCCAAAAGAAAAACACCUCAAUUGAAUAGCGUAGUCCUGCAGUCGUGCAAACAAUGAUGGCUACAUCUAUGAAAAUACACAGACUUUAGUGUCUUAACUACAUUACAUAUUUGCCAAAAAACUAUGUUUCAAAUAAUUUUAUUUGUUUUAGGAUAAAAAAUGGAACGUAAUAUGUUUGAAAACUACUAAAUACCACUCUCACGAACUUACAAUGACAACAAAUGUCCGUUGGCAUCUUAAGGAACAGCUGCUGUCCUGAAACUUCAUAAAGUUACCCAUAUUGAGGUGAAGGAAACAAUCUGCCUGUGGCUGCAACAGAGCAAAACAAGAGUAAUGAGGAGAGGAAACAGAAACCAGCACCAAGGACCAGCUGAAAAUGAUCCAGGCCACUAAAAUUAUAUAUGAUACUAUAGUAGAUUGCUUAUUGUAUAAAUUAUAAUAUAAAUAAAUUUUUAGUAACUGUAA